AUGAGCUUCCUGCUAUGGUCCACUUGCUCCGUACCCAUGGCCGCUGCCACCCAACCGGACUCCAAUUUUCUCUCUACACACCAACUGGCACACUCAGUGCAACCCCUACAUGCUGCGUAUCCUUUCGACUACCUACUUGACCCGCCCUCCUCAGACGACUCCAAUAACUCUGAACAACUCGACCUCCGCAUCGCGGACGACCUACACCAGCCCCCCCACGACCUCCCCCCCACCACUCCCACGCCACGGCGACGCCGCCGCCGCCGCUCCUGGCGGAUCCAGCGUCUCCCCCCCCCGGACAUGCACACAGCUCGCAUCCAACGGGACAACGUCCUCCGGAGGGAAACCCCCCUGAAGGAUGAGGCCUACAUCGGAGACGCGGGCUCAACCCCGACCCUGGACAUGCAGGUUGAUAUCCUGCGUAUCGCAGCGACCAACAUCAAUAAAAACACGUAUGGUAAAUUGAGCGCCGAACUGGCCACGUGCCCACAAGGCCACACAACUAUGGACACCCGCACAUGGGGGGACACACGCACCCAGCCUGAUGGCUGUUAG